CGCUUGUACAGCCACAAGUCCUCCCUUUACCGCCACAUGAAGUACGAGUGCGGUAAAGAGCCGCAGUUCCACUGCCCACUGUGCCCUCACCGAACUAAACAGAAGAGCAGCCUGGCCACACACAUCCGCCUCGUUCACCAAUGAGUUUGUGUCAAUUAGGGACAGGUGGCGUGUUCGACGUGGUGGGUGCCAGCGACUCGUUUCUGGUGGAGGACGUGGCUGACGCUCUUCGCGGCUGGGCCCGGUCCGCCAUGGAUCAGCCAGCCCCGGCACCCCUGUACAGUGGGCCGCAAGUGAGACCGGCGGUCACGCAGGGCGCCCAGUGCCAGGGCUGCGGGCGCGUGUACAGCCAGCGCUCCUCGCUCUACCGCCACCGCAAGUACGAGUGCGGCAAGGAGCCCCAGUUCCAGUGCCCCUAUUGCCCGCACCGCGCCAAACUCAGGGGGAACUUGGACACACACAUUCGAGGCACUCACGGAACGGCCCGGCCGCCAUGAGUGCGACCAUUCCACCGGACUGACCUGUAUAUUGAAAGGAAAAUACUGUCGGAAUGCGAUCUCAGUAAAAAUGCUUGAAAAUCGUU